AUGCCGAGUAGCCAUCACUUUAGUACUAAUCGCUUCGAGCAAAACUUGGUGUACCUCGAUGAUUACCUCGAUACGUUAGAGUCGUUGCCCGCAGAGAUGCAACGCAGUUUCACCUUAAUGCAACAACUUGACGCAAGUGCGCAAGAGCAAUUCGACAAGGUCACCGAACUUUCCGUACAACUGAUAGAGCAUAUACACGAGCUUAGUCCGGAGGAUAGAAGUGAAAAAGACAAAAAGGAAAUAAAGGCAGAAAAACGAGGGACCAACGGACUUGAAACGCCUUCAACCAAUAAGCGCAAAAAGGUCAAAGACACAGGAACUCCACCACCUUCGAAACACAAUGGGGACAAAGAACUUCAGAAACCCGGUAAAGUUUCAAGGAAGAGAGAGAAUGGAAAAAACAACAAAAAAGUUACUGCCGAAAAAUCAAAUACGAGCGAGGAUACGCAAACCGUGGCAGAUAUGCCCAUUGAUCCAAAUGAACCGAUAUAUUGUUAUUGCAAGCAAGUCAGUUAUGGUGAAAUGGUAGCCUGUGAUAAUAACGAAUGCGAGAUAGAAUGGUUUCACUUUGCAUGCGUUAAACUUAGCGAUCGACCAAAAGGGAAAUGGUAUUGUUUUGAUUGCUCGGAAAAAGUAAAACAGCGGCACAAAAAAUGA